AUGACGUUCACGAUCUUUAUUCCCAGUGUAACUCUGCCCUACUACAAUGGAGGAGUCCAACUGGAGCGGAAUGCAGUUUACACCAAACUCUACUCCAAGGUUGGCCUGGUUGUCAUGUGGAAUGGAGAAGAUGCCGUCAUGGUAAGCCGUUAUAAGAAUCAAAACAGUAUAUCUUUUUUUUAUUUUGCUUUGUAAGAAUUCAAUACGUUUCACUGAAAUGGACUGUUAUCGUUAAACAGUGAACCAGCGUAAAACGAACCUGUGCAGAUGCACAGAUACUGUGUGUGAGCGUUGUCUUGCGUCUCUCUCAACUCGGUAUCUGAGCUGCUGCUCGUGGCAACGUCGUUUCGCUGAGUCUACCUUGAAAAAUAGUUGACCCCAUCACUGUUUGCGUUAGGUGGAGCUGGACUCAGAGUACACCAACCGUACCUGUGGUCUCUGUGGAGACUUCAAUGGCCUUCCAGUCCACAAUGAGUUUAUUCAUAAUGGUGAGCAUUUAUACGAAUUAUAA